UUUAUUUAUGAAUGAAUCAUUAUUAUUCGCUCUAAACAAUUUCCCUAUUGGAGAAUCCGAUCAUGAAUCCGUCGCCGUCGCCGACGCCGGAGCCAAAUCCAUCGAAAGAUAACCAAAAUCCGCCACAAACCUCCAAAUCGGGAGGCGCCGGAGAGCCUGGCUACGCUCCAUACCCGAAGCUCCAGCCAGACGACGUCGCUCCCGUUGCCGAUACGUGGAGCUCAAGCGCUUCCGGAGAGGCGCCGCGCGCCGCUCCUGGUGCCACCACCAUGCCGCCGGAGUCCAAUCCUUACAUCUACGCCGGUUCUGCUCCUCCUUCUGCGGCCAAGAAAAACACGGAUAAGUUUAAGGAUGCUUUGGGUAAAUUCGGUAAAAAGGCUGCGGAGGCCACUAAGAGGGCUGAAGACUUGGCAGGAAACAUGUGGCAGCACUUGAAAACUGGCCCGAGCAUAACGGAUGUUGCAGUCAGUAGAACAGCACACAUUAGCAAGGUUUUGGCCGAAGGGGGGUAUGAAAAGAUCUUCCAUAAUACCUUUGAGAGUGUUCCUGAGGAGAAACUCCAGAAGUAUUAUGCAUGCUAUUUGUCUACUUCUGCCGGCCCUGUUGUGGGAGUUUUGUAUCUAUCGACUGUAAAAAUAGCCUUUUGCAGCGAUAGUCCUCUUUCCCACCAAGUUAAUGGCGAAACCCACAUGAGUUACUACAAGGUUGUCAUUCCAUUAAAUCAGGUGAAAGCCAUUAACCCGACUGCCAGCAAAACCAAUCCGGCCGAGAAGUACAUCCAGAUCAUUUCUGUCGACCAUCACGAGUUCUGGUUCAUGGGAUUCGUCGCGUACGACGGUGCCGUAAAAUCACUACUGAAUGCAGUACAAGGUCAUCAUCAGUCUUGAUCUUUAUUUCAAAAUAUGGCUUUUCCAUCUGUGUGUUUAUAUAUAUCUAUAUAUAUGUUUGGGUUUUGUAUAUGGAAACAUAAUUUGCAUUUGGGUGAUGAAUACAUAUCUGAUUCUCUUGUAAUAAAAGUUACCUCUCAUGCUUGUAUGAUUUUUUAUUUUUCAUUUUAAUUGUACCAUUUUUGCGAUUUGUAUGGAUAUGUGAAAUGUAAUUUGGAUCUUGAUUUUUAAAUUUUCUUGUCUGUCUGUUAUCAACAUUUGUUCAUCUGUAUAGAGGUUUGUUUGGCAUUUGAUUUA